UACCCGUCCGGAAGUGGUUUUUGGCCGCUGCAGGGCAACACCCCGGCGUCCCUGGAAGCGGGGAGCCGGGGUGGUGCUGGCGAAGCGGCGCAGUCAUCGCCCAGAGCCUGUCGGGUGGGGGACCGGUGUUCAAGCCCAGGCCAAGCAUGGCUGGACCAUCCAUCCGCAUGGGGGACCAGCUGGUUCUGGAGGAAAAUUAUGACGAGACCUACAUUCCCAGUGAGCAAGAAAUUCUUGAAUUUGCUCGAGAAAUUGGUAUUGAUCCCAUGAAGGAACCGGAACUGAUCUGGUUGGCACGGGAGGCCAUUGUGGCCCCACUGCCUAUGCAUUGGAAACUAUGCCAGGACAUCACAGGUAAUAUUUACUAUUUCAACUUUGCCAACGGGCAGUCCACAUGGGACCAUCCAUGUGAUGAAUUCUUUCGGAAGUUGGUGAUCCAAGAGCGGGGGAGACUGUCAGCUCCUGGGGCAGUUAAGAAGAAGGACAAGAAAAAGAAAAAGGAGAAGAAAGACAAGAAGGACAAAGAGGCCUGCAAAAGUCCACUGGCUCUGGGUUCCUCAUUAGCCCCGAUCCAUGUUCCUCUCGGGGGCCUGGCUCCUUUACGAGGCCUCGUGGAUGCCCAACCCUCUGCUCUUCGUGGAUCUCAAAAUGUGAGUCCGGGGAGCUCUGCAGAAUCUGGUCAGCUCGAGGAAUUCCCACCGCCUCCACAGGGUCUCAAGACUUCUGUUUCUACAAAAGGUCUCUUGGGCCCCAUCCAUGAGGAUAAGAAUGCUGUCAACCUCUUGGCUUUAGGGGAAGAGACCAAUGAGGAUGAGGAGGAGAGUGAUAUCCAGAGUGUCCACAGCUCCAAUGAGUUUUUUAAGAACCUGCACCUGGAUCUCGGGUCCCUGGGGGAGAACUUUGAAUAUGAGGAGUCUCCAAGAACAAGUCAGCCAGUGGAGAAGGACAUUUCUCUUGAUUCAGACAUUGCUGGCCCCACUACUCCUGGAAAGCUCUUCAGACAAGGUGCAGACAGUAGUCUGAGCAGUGCUGAUGACAAGGGACCACAGGACAGAAGGUCAAGCUCUUGGCUCCCAGGAAAAGAAGAGAAUGAGAAGAGUGACCCUGUGGCUUUCACAUGUCCGGUGACUCCUGGAGUCGACCCUGGGCUUGAUCAGCUUGCCAAGGCCUCUAAAAAGGGCUCUAAAGAGGAACUGAUAGAUAUAAGAGAGAAAGGUUCCUUGACAGAAGAAGCUGCAAAAGAGCUAAAGAAGGAGGCUUUUACCCCAAAAGAGAGCAGAUCAGAUGCCAUCGAAGACUUGAAGAUUAGUGAACGUAUGAAGGAACCACAGCUCUCAGACUCCAUGGCUUCUGACCCCAAGUGCUUCCUUGGCCUGGAAUUUGGUUUUCAUAGCCGAGUCACAGAGGACCUGCUAGAUGGUGAUAUGCUUUCCCCAGACCUCCACGAUGGAGUCCACUGCGAGACUCAGGGGUUAGGAAGAGGAGACCAGGAUGGCAGCCAGUCCAGCCGAGAAGAUCUCCAGAGCAAGCAGUGCAAAGGCUCGGAGAGGUUGUCUCCUCUGCUACAUGGGGAGUGGCCCCAGAGUCUGCUUCAUAGCCAGAUCACUGAAGAAGACCCUCCAAAGCCUCCUGAGGGGCAACCUGAGUGGAUGGAAGCAGGGGAGCCUGAGGAGGACUCUGUAGCCAGCCCCAUCCUGCCGGUGUCCCUCCAGAGGGAGCAGGCCCCAAGCCCAGCAGCUGCCCGUGAGAGAGGCCAGGCCAAGGAUCUGGGCCCUGGGCAGAAAGCGACCGAGGAGCCCAAGGAGAAUGUGGCAGUCAGUACUGUCCCACCAGUCUCUCCGGAGGUGACAUCCACAGAACCUGCGGGUCCCACAAAGCAGUUCUCAGAGCCUGCACUAAAGGCCAUGGAAGAGGCAGUAACCCAGGAACUUGAGAAAGACCAGAGGCAGCUGCUGGAAUUGCAGCAAGAGAAGAUACAACAGCUGCAGGAAAGACUAUGGCAAGAGGAGGAAGAGGAGAUGCUCCAGCUUCACCAAAGAAAGGAGAAGUCCUUUAGUUCCCUGAAGGAGCAGCUGCAGAAAACCACUGAGGAGGAAGAAGCUCAGAUGAAAGAGGAGGAGGGUCGGAGGCUGGCCUGGCUCCGGGCCCAGGUCCAGUCUAGUGCAGAAGCAGAUGAGGAACGAAUUAGAGCUGAGCAGGAGGCAUCCCUGGAGAGGCUAAGAGAAGAGUUUGAGGCUCUACAGAAGGCUGAGAGGGCCAGCCUGGAACAGAAAAGCAGGCGGGCGCUUGAAGAACUCAGGGAAGAGCUGGAGGCCUCGGAGGAGACAGCACGUGUUGCUUUGAAGACCAAGAAUGAAGAGGCUUUGUGGCAACUGAGGGAGCAGCUGGAAGGGGAGAGGAAAAAAGCAGUGGCAGUGCUGGAGAGGGAGCACAGUGCUGAGCUGGAGCGGCUCUGUUCCUCGCUGGAGGCCAAGCACCAGGAGGUGGUCUCCGGUCUCCAGAAGAAGAUAGAGGCAGCCCAGCUUCAAGAAAACCUUGGGUGGGCAGAGCAGAGAGUGCACCAGAAGGCUCACCAGGUGAUUGAGUAUGAGCAGGAGCUCAGCAGCAUCCUGCGAGAGAAGCGCCAGGAGGUGGAAAGGGAACAUGAGAGAAAGCUGGACAAGAUGAAGGAGGAGCACUGGCAAGCCAUGGCUGAGGCCCAAGAGCGGUAUGAAGCCGAGGAGAGGAAGCAUCGGGCCGACCUCCUGGGACGCCUGACUGCAGAGCUGGAGCGGCUUCGGGGGGCCCAUGAACGAGAACUGGAGAUUGUGAGGCAGGAGCAGGAGCAGCAGCUGGAGGACCUGCGGCGCCGGCACCGGGAGCAGGAAAGGAAAUUCCAAGACUUAGAGGUGGAACUUAAAACCAAAACCAAGGAUGUCAAGGCCAGAAUGGCUCAGCUGGAUGUCCAGGAGGAGACUGUGCGGAAGGAGAAGCAGCAGCUGCUUGAUGUACAGAGGCAGGUUGCUCUGGAGAGUGAGGAAGCUACAGCCACCCAUCAGCACCUGGAAGAGGCAAAGAAGGAGCACACCCACAUGGUGGAGUCAAACUGGCAGCUCCGAAGGAUUCUGGAUGAGCUGCAGGCCCACAAGGUGGAGCUGGAGUCCGAAGUGAAUCUGCUGCAGGCACAGAGACAGAGGCUGCAGAGACACAUCAGCAGCCUGGAGGCUGAAGCUCAGAGGAAGCAGAACAUCUUGAAAGAGCUGGCUGUUGAGGAAAACAAUUCUUCCACACAUUUUGAGCCAGAUCUCCACAUUGACAACCUGAAGAAAUCACUUGGGACAAGCAAGGAGGAGACCAUCUUGUCCUCGGACAGCGUGCGACACUACCUCUCUGCCGAAGGGGUGGCUGUCCGUAGUGCCAAGGAGUUCCUGGUGCAGCAGACACGCUCCAUGAGGAGGCGGCAGACAGCCCUGAAAGCUGCCCAGCAGCACUGGCGCCAUGAGCUGGCCAGUGCCCAGGAGGAACCUGAUGACCCACUGGGCAGCAGGGUCCUAGAAGAUGUGCGCAAGAACCUGGAGGAGGAAAUCAGGCACUUGGGUGAGAUAAAGUCAGCCAUGCAGAAAGGCCACGACCUGCUGAUGCAGAAAGAGGAGAGGUUGAAUCAGUUGGAGUCCUCUCUUCAGGAAGAGGUGUGUGGCAGAGCUCGGAGCACCAGAGAAACCGAACACCAAGGCCUCGGUCCCACUCAUCCGAAAGGCAGUGAGGUAGAAAGCACGCAGGAAAGGAUAGCACUAAUGGCCUCAGAUGAGGACACUCUGAGAGGGGGCCCUGCCAAGAAGCUGGUGACCUUCGACCUCAGUGAUACAGAAGACCUAAGCAGUGAAAUAUCCUCCAUAUCCUCCCCCUUACCUUAUGUCACCUCAACCCCAAGUCCUGUCUUCUCCAGCAAGAUCCAUUACCUGAGCAGCUCCCUGCAGCGGAUCAGCAGUGAGCUGAAUGGUGUCCUUGGUGUGCUGGGCAGCCUCGGCACUCAGCCACCGCCACCGCUCUUUACCUCCUCACCAUCCUCCAAGAGCACCUCUGUUCCUGCCUACUCCUCCCUGAACAAGGUCUCAGCCUCAUCCCCUGCAGCGUCCAUGUCCACCCAGUGGGCCUGGGACCCAAGGCUGGGACCCAGACUCUCCUCCUCUAUGGAGCAAACAGUGGAUGACUUCCUGCUAGAGAAGUGGCGCAAGUAUUUUCCCUCUGGCAUCCCCUUGCUCAGCAGCUGCCCUGGUCCCCUGAAGAACAGGCUGGGCUAUGUGUCUGUCAGUGAGCAGCUCCGCCACCUGCAACGGCCCCAUUCCCGAGUCCCGGAGGUGGGCAGCACCAGUAUCCAGGACAUGAUUGAAGCUAACCGCAAGUGGCUAGACCAUUUCAAGAAUGACCCCAAAGUACAUCUCUUCUCCUCGGCGCCCAGGCCAGCAGCCACUUCAGAGGUGCUGCAUCUGGGCCUGGAUGAGAACAACAGACUGAAUGUGUAUCACUGUUGAGCCCCAAGGUGGGCUUGGCAGCUGGCUCCUCCCCAGACCAAGUGCCUGAGCAGCUGCCUGCACUUUAUUCCGACAGAGGAUGCUCCUGUCCUCUGCUGUGCCCCACGCGGGACUUGGAGGAACCAUGAGGGGCUAGAGAUGAGUGGAAAGGCUGGGAUGAUGGAAAGCAUUAGCCACACUGUCUGUGACCAAGAACCUGAUCUCGGGCUGAAAUGCGUGGACUUACCUGAGCUCGUGCGUGGACUUGGCAGCACUGAGGAAGUGUGGCCACUGAGGAGCCUCAGGGACAUGGGCACCUUUGGGAUGAAGGGUGGCAUUCAUAGAGCUGCCUUGUAGGUCAAAGAAAUCCCUCUGGAGUGGGAUUGGUCCCGGGGACCAACAGGGACCUGCUGGGCUUCACCCUGCAGGACAAAGCCUCCCAGUAUGUUUGUGCCCUGGGACCUGGCUCUUCUGGGCCAGCAUCUAUAUCUGAUACCUCAGCGUUGUUGAGAUCACAUCCUUUUUUUUUUUCUUUCUUCUUGAAUGUCUCCUUUCUGGGGCAUUCUACCUUUCCUUUUGACUGUCUCAGGACUGGGCUCAGCUGUGUGCAGAGCCCUGCUGGAAGCUGGAAGCUGGAAGCUGGCCCCAGGACGUUUGGCCUCUUCCCCUCUGCCAGCACUGUGCUUUCCUCAAGGCUGUUGGGAGUGCCCUCCCCACUCCACCCCACCCCUUCCCCGGGGCUCCUCUCAGCUAGUAUCUCAGGUCUCACGCCCACUUCUUCCGGAAGCCAGAAGCAACAGGAAAGGAUGAUGGCUUCUGGCUUUCAUCGAAGUUUUUCUCUUCCUGGAAUACCUUGGGUGCAAUCAUGGCCCUGUUUCCGUCUAUCUUUUCUACUUGUGCCACCCUUGUCUGAUCCCAGAGCUUGGCAUGAGGUCUGGGCUAGUGCCUGGCAUUGGCAUUGAGGGGUCUUGUACCAGGCAGAGCUGCCACUCUGCUGGCACAGCUUCCUGCAGACCCACUGCCCCUGCCCAUUCUUAGGUUCCUUAUGGGGCUUCCGGGAAUGUUCUCAGACAUCUGUUCUGUUGUUAAACAAAAUGCCCUAGUUUUUAAUCUUGAAAGCCAUGGGGUUGCCCUUGUUUCCUCAGCCCUUAGAAACCAACUCUCACUGUCCCACCACUCAUUUGUUUGACAUGGAAAAAGACCUGAAGAUCCAGUGGCUUUUUUACCCCUCUCUGAUAUUUUCUAGGCAGCACACAGAAGAAGUCUUUUGUUGUUUGGCUCAGCCUGUGUGCUUUGGGAAUAGCUCAUGUGAUACGACCAACUCUGGUGACAAUCCUGUUUUCUGCAUCAAUUAAAUCUUUGCAGGUACAUUUUCUACAAGGCAGUCGUGUGGAUGGAUCUCCUCUUUGGAGGCUUUGGCCUCCUGAGAAGAAGGGAGGAAGGGAAAAUUAAUAUUUGCAGAACAUCUUCCUGAAUAUCUGAUUUAAUCACCACAACAAUGUAGAUACUGAUUUAGAUAUUUUCUGCUCCAUUCUUAUGGAUGAGGGGAAACCAAGGGUCAUAGACUGUUAAGUGCUUGGGGCCCAAGUAAAGUAUAGAACCCUGCACACUGUCCCUGCUACCCCAGAGCACCCUCACCCACUUUGGGAGGAGUUGAUAUUCUCUCUCUCUCCUUUGCCUCCUCCUUGCUCCCCUCCCAACCACCUGAAGACCCAUAGUGCCAUUUCCCAAAGGUCAGUGUUUUCCCCCUCAUGCAGGCAAAUGAAAGAUAAGCCUCCCUUUCCCAGGUCCUAAGCUGGCAGUUAGGUAUCCUGUUCUCUGCCCCAGUGGUCUGAGCAACCUAUGGAAACUUGUAGUCUUGGAUUUGUAGCAACAAAAUUGAUAGGCUAACCAAUUGAGCUGGCCACGAUUCAUGGAUUUGCAUACAGAAGACCA